ACCACCUUAAAUUUAAAUAAGAGUGCAGGAGAGAUAUAACCCAAAGCUUCAGCGUCACCUACUUCUGCAGUCUUACCUUUUAAGCAAAUACACGCACCACAGUUCCCAGCCAUCAUUCUCUAUCUUUUCCAUUCCCUCUCAGUACUUGGUUGAUUUUCAAGUAACUCAAAACAGAAUGCUACCAGAGUUUAGCAGUCCAAGAACCUCUCACAGCACUUCCACAUUUUAGCAAUCCAAAUAUUCCUGAGUUGCGGCAAGGCAAUAUCGAUAUCUUAGAGGCCGUCAGAUGGGUUCGUUCCAAAUUGGAAUGCGAAGCUCUGCGUUACUAGAAACGUCAUGUGGGUAUCUGCUUCAGGAAUUGCAGUUUAAAUAAACAAUGAUGUGAAACAGAUGAUCUGGGAUGAAGUUGGGAAAGAUCAGUUUGAAAGAGAGAAGGUUCUGCAUGAUUUAGAACAAGAAUGUUUAGAGGUUUAUCGGAGAAAAGUUGACAGUGCAAACAUAUCAAGAGCUCGCCUGCAUCAAGAGCUGGCAGAAUCCGAAGCUGAAUUCACCCAUCUUCUUUUGUCCCUUGGUGAACGAUCACUUCCAGGACGGCCAGAAAAAAUGUCAGGAACGCUGAAGGAGCAGCUAGAUGCAAUCACCCCAGCUCUCCGGGAGAUGCGUCUGAGAAAAGAAGAGAGAAUGAAUCAAUUUAGAUCCGUGCAAGGCCAAAUUCAAAAAAUUUCUGCUGAAAUUGCAGGUCAAUCAGUAUACGAUGACUCAAUAACAAAUGUCAUUGUGAAUGAGAAUGAUCUUUCAUUAAAGAAACUUGAGGAAUAUCAGAUUGAGCUACAAAGACUGUGCGAUGAGAAGAAUGACAGGCUCCAGCUAGUGGACACAUACAUCGACACAAUUCAUGAUUUGUCCUCAACAUUAGGAAUGGAAUCCUCCAUGAUCAUAACAAAGGUGCAUCCAACUUUGAAUGAAUUGUGUGGAAUAUCAAAAAAUAUAAGUGAUAGUAUUCUGGCUAAACUCAACAGCACUGUGGAAUCUCUCAAAGCAGAAAAACAAACGCAGCUUGAGAAGCUUCAUCAGCUUGGAAAAGCACUAACAAACUUGUGGAAUCUCAUGGACACACCGUAUAAAGAUCGUCACUCAUUCUCCAAUGUCACAGCCUUAUUAUCUCUCACAUCAGCUGAAGUAUCAGAUCAUGGAAGCCUUACUCUAAAUAUAAUCCAGCAGGCUGAAGCUGAAGUCAAGAGACUGGAUCAGCUAAAAGCAAGCAAGAUGAAAGAGCUUUUCUUCAAGAAACAGAGUGAGUUAGAUCAAAUAUGCAAUAAAUCACACAUGGAGAUUCCUUCACAGCCAGGGAUGGAAAAUAUAAUCAAUCUUAUAAAUUCAGGGGAGAUUGACCAUGCCGAUCUCCUCAUGAGUUUGGAUGAGCAGAUAUCAGCAGCAAGAGAAGAAGCCACUAGCAGGAAGGCUAUAAUGGAAAAGGUUGAAAGGUGGAUGCUAGCACAUGAUGAAGAGCGUUGGUUAGAAGAAUAUAGCAUGGAUGAAAAUCGAUAUUCAGUUCGCAGAGGUGCUCACAAGAAUCUGAGACGUGCAGAACGUGCCCGAAUAAUAGUCAACAAAAUCCCAGUUCUAGUGGCAUUGCUUGUAGCAAAGACUAAGAGUUGGGAAGAGGAAAGAAACAAAAUAUUCUUGUAUGAUGGGGUACCUCUGAUGGAAAUGCUAGAAGAAUAUAACAUGUCAAGGCAGGAGAGGGAAGAGGAGAAGCAAAGACAAAGGGAAAAGAAGGUCCCAAGCUAUGUAGUUGCUGGGCAAGAAAAUGUGGUUGGGUCAAGGCCAGACACCAGCAGUCGACGUCUUUCAAACAGGAGCUUAAAUGGAAGCUUGAGCAAUGCAACCCCUUUAAACAGAAGGCUUUCACUUUGUCUCCAACAGUUGGGAACCAACAGCGUCAAUUCUGCAAAUCAAGGAAUAUCUUACAUAAAGGAAGGAAGGAAGAUGCAAGGACAGAGGAUGUUUCCUCGACCUGACCUCACUUCUCAUCUUCGAGAUGAAGCAGCUUCCGUCGUCUCAUCCUUUUCUGGGCCGUUAUCUCCCUAAAUUCCCAUUCAGAUAUUCAAAUCUUCACACGUAACCACAAAAACCCCACAUAUCACAAGAUAUUAAACUAAACAUAAUAGUAUUUUUCUUCUUCUGCAGAACAAUAAUUUACCUAUUUGCGUCAGAAAAUACCCUUGUGUAUCUCUAUCUAUGUCCUUCCGUUGCACAUUUAAGUUAUUGUUUACUGUAUCGAAUAAAUUGAUAUUUAAAAGUAUGUACAGUUAUGUUUUGAAUUCAAGAAGCUUUGAUUCUCCUA